AGCUAGCGGCUACGGGGAGGUACAGUACUUGGCUACGGGCGCCUGGCGAAACUGUGCGGCACGAAGUUUGAGUUUGCGUCGAACAUGUCAAGCUUAGCCGCACUUCGUGUCUGCCAACGUGACGGUCAGAAGGCGGUUCUGUAGCUGAAAUGAGAGGAGGGAGAUCUGUUUGCCCUGAAAAUGGUUUCCUUGCGACUUGUCUGACAGGCGAUGAUAGGCUUGUCGAGUUAUGCAGUGGUUAUGGAGAGUUUACCCAGUUAUGCUGAAGAGCAGCAUCCUUCCUCACUCAUGACAAACUGCCGGUCCAAAAACCAGGAAUCGACUGGGAGUCCAAGGCCAAGAUGUGUUGGAGGGUUUGUUUUGGUCCAUGCAGGAGCAGGAUACCACUCUGAAUCUAAGGCCAAGGAGUACAAGCAUGUUUGCAAAAGAGCCUGUCAGAAAGCUGUGGAGCAGCUGAGAGCAGGAGCUCCUGCAGUGGAAGCGGUGACUGCAGCUCUGGUUGAACUCGAGGACUCUCCUUUUACAAAUGCUGGCAUGGGCUCCAACCUUAAUUUAUCAGGAGAGAUUGAAUGUGAUGCGAGUAUCAUGGAUGGAAAAUCGCUGCAUUUUGGUGCAGUCGGCGCCAUCAGUGGUAUUAAGAACCCUGUCUUAGUUGCGAACUGUCUGCUGAAUGAAGCACAGAAAGGGAAGCUAUCAGCUGGCAGAAUACCACCCUGCUUUCUAGUUGGCCGAGGGGCUCAUGAUUGGGCGGUCAGCCAUGGAAUACCUCCAUGUCCUUCAGAGAAAAUGGCCACACGGUUCAGCUUAUCUGCAUACAGGAGGAACAAACGAAAGAUGGAGUUGGCGGAGGGAACGGACGCCGGAGUCAAUCAGAAAAAGAAAAGACGACAAUCAAGAGAAAACGAGAACGGCUCAGGAUGCCUGGACACCGUCGGAGCGGUGGUGGUGGACUUGGAYGGGAACGUAGCUGCAGCUGUGUCCAGCGGAGGCCUGGCGAUGAAACACCCCGGCAGGGUUGGCCAGGCUGCUCAUUAUGGAUGUGGCUGCUGGGCUGAAAAUGCACGAAACGCAAACCCUUACUCCACAGCAGUGAGUACCUCAGGGUGUGGAGAGCAUCUGAUUCGCACCAUGCUGGCUCGGGAGUGCUCUGCUGCCAUGCAGUCUGAAGAUGCCCACCAAGCCCUGCUGGAGGCUAUGCAAAACAAAUUCAUCAGCUCGCCCUUUCUGGCCAGUGAGGACCGUGUUUUGGGUGGAGUCAUCGUGCUGAGGUGCUGCAGAUGUGUGGAAGCACAGCCAUCUCCUAACAUUCAGGGCAUACUGGUGGAGUUCCUAUGGAGUCACACCACAGAGAGCAUGUGUGUUGGCUAUAUGUCUGCACAAGACAGCAAAGCUAAGACACACAUUUCCAGACUGCCACCCGGGACGGUUCCGGGCCAGUCGUUGGCCAUCGAGGGAGGAGUGUGUCGGCUGAUGGGCGUGGUGGAGUGAACCACUUUCUUUUCUCCUUCUCUCCAACCUUCUGGGCUUCCUUAGCAAUACCCUCAGUGAACGUGCACUCACUCCUUCCCGCAGCGGUGCGAUGUCCGAGAUAAAAAGCUUCUCUUUGUUGUCGCAGGUUUUCAGGCCGGAGCGGAGAACGUUAGCUUCUACUUAGUGCACUUACAGGACUUCCCUUUGCCACCGUCUGCCUCCAGUUCGUAAUCUAUGCCAGUUCUAAACUCUCCAGUGUCGCCUGGAUUAAACUUGACGCACCAUUGCCUUGAUCUCUUAUUUUGGUACGUUUUCCCAGCUCAGAGAGUAUCCUUCCCUUUUUUGUACAUAAGCUAUAAUUUAGGUAAACAGGGUGGAUAUUAACGUUUUGUGUUGCUGAACUUUUACGUAUAAAUAAUGCAAGACUUCUUCUGUACGCUUCAGCAUAAUAAGAUGUCAGUUUGCACCUUGUGGAAUGCUUAUUCAGAUUUUAAACUCAUAGCUAAGAAAGUAUUUAUAACAAAAGUGGCAAUAACAAAAUCAUCUUUAACAUGUUUGUUUAAAUGCUUUAUAAUAUAUGAUGAUUUCAUUACAAGUAGCAUAUUGUGCAUAUUUAAUCAAUAUUUUAUUACUAUUUCAGUCAGAAGAGUUUGCUUUUAAAAAUGUGAAUAUUUAGGUUUUGCAUGUACAACUUCAAUGUGUAAAAAGUAAAUAAAAUCAAAGUGCAAUGAUUUCUAAAUCAAAUUUGCGAUAAAUCAAAUGUUCAAAUCAUUGUGUUUUGUUUUUAAUUACGUUUUUACCUUUUUUGUUUUUAAUUGGGGUUAUAGAGAAUCUACAGUAAGCCACUUUCCUUUAUGGUUAAAGCAAACUAAUAGGAUUUCUGUUACUCAUCAUUCACAUUUAUAUAGUUUCAUUAACAGAGAUGUGUAUUUUCUUGUUAGAACAAUACAUCUAAAAUAUAUUGUAUAAGGCCCAUGAAAUGGUGCUUUUAAAUUGUACUUGAAAAGAACAAAUAUCUGAAUUGAUACAGCAGUUGAGCUUUUUGUUUACUUGAAAAUGCAAAUAAUCUGAAAUAUAAGCUUUGUAGAUCAUAUGUGCAACUGUCUGCAGUGCUAAAAACUGAAUAAAAUCAUAUUAAUAGAU